UGCUCUUAAAAACCCACUAUUUAGGGCCCUUCUGUUUUACAUUCUGCCUUUUCCCUUUUCAUAAGCCCAUAACACAAUAUCCAUCUUUCACAUCUGUUUUCAUUUUUUUCCUCUGUUUUCCCAAACUUUUUUAGUUCCACUCUAUCUCUUCUCUUCUUUCCCCUACUUUUUUCCGCACCUUUUUCUUAACCGUUUCUUUCUCUCUUCUUCUCUUCUUUCUUGCCUUUCUUCCCUUUCCUUUUCUCUCUUAUUAAAACUCGUUUUAAAGCUGUGUAGCUUCUCAUUAUUUGCUCAGAAUUUCUUUUUUUUUUUUCUUGUAAGAGUUACUUUAAACAUGGCCGCUGGUCUUGUUAAUAAACAAGAUCAUUUGGAAUUGCCUCCUGGUUUUCGAUUUCAUCCUACUGAUGAAGAGCUUAUUUCUCAUUACUUGUUUGAGAAGGUUAUGGAUAGUAGUUUCUCUUGCAGAGCAAUUGGAGAUGUUGAUCUUAACAAAUCUGAGCCUUGGGAUUUACCUUGGAAGGCGAAAAUGGGAGAAAAAGAGUGGUAUUUUUUCUGUGUUAGAGAUAGAAAAUACCCAACUGGAUUGAGGACGAACAGAGCUACUGAAGCUGGGUAUUGGAAAGCUACUGGGAAAGAUAAAGACAUUUAUAGAGGAAAAUCUCUUGUGGGUAUGAAGAAAACUUUGGUUUUUUAUAGAGGAAGAGCUCCAAAAGGGGAAAAAUCUGAUUGGGUUAUGCAUGAAUAUCGAUUAGAGGGUAAACUAUCUGCUAUAAACCUCCCUAAAACUGCCAAGAAUGAGUGGGUGAUUUGUAGGGUGUUUCAGAAGAAUUCAAGUGGGAAAAAAGUGGAUAUCUCUGGUAUGUCAAAAUUGGGUUCUUUUGGGAAUGAAUUUGGCCAUUCGAUCCUUCCUCCAUUAACAGAUUCAUCAUCAUUUAAUGGAGAAAGUAAACGCCCUGUUGUUCAAUUGGCCAAUAACAACGUGCCCUGCUUCUCCAUCGCCAUGGAUUCUCAAAGAAAACUCGAACCAAUGGCUUCUUCUUACAAUACCUCUCUAUUCUCUGUUAUUCCUAAUCCAAUCGAUUCGUUUCCUAGAAACUCACAUUCGAAUUCAAUGUAUUCACCACCAAAUCAGACUUUCUCUGUUCCGCCAAAUCUGCAAUUACCAAACUCAGUUCUUUUGCAAGAGCAACAAUCGCUUCUCAGAGCUUUAAUUCAGAACGUCAAUGGCGGAAACACACGAGAAUCAUUCAAAACAGAGAGAGACAAAAUCAGUAUCUCUCAAGAAACGUGCCUCACCACCGAUGUUAACAACGAAAUUUCAUCUGUUUUUUCAAACCUUGAAAUGGGUCGAAGGCCGUUUGACAAUUCUCAAGAAGCUCCGGCGGCUUCUAUGGCGCCGAUCGACCUUGACGGCUUCUGGAAUUACUGAAAUUAACAAAGGAAAAGACGAAAGGUUGAAGAUGAAAUAUUAGAAGAAAAAAAACAUAUAAUAAAUGGGAAUUUUGGGAUUUGGUUUAGUAGAAUGUGGGUGUUUGUCUAGAUUAUCAAAAAAUUAUUUUUAAAAAAAAAAGUGUGAAAUUUAAGAGUAAUAUUAUUAUUGUAUGGUGAAUGAAGAGAGAAAUGGAUAAAUUUUAGGGGGCAAAAAAGAAAAAAAAAAAAAAAAAUGGAAGGUGGGGUUGGUUUUGUGUUGAAAUUAUGAUUGGAGGAUUAUUUGGGAAGAAAAAUGAAUGAAGACUGAAGAAUAGGAUUCAGUCGGUGGAUAACUAAUCUCAUCUUUGUUUAAUAAUAUUUUCUGUCCUAUGGGAUUUGGCGCUUA